AGUUAACUUGAACAUCGCUGCGAGCGAUGGAUAGCAACAUCAAACCACAGCUUGCUUCACAACAAGAUUCUGCUCUCUUCACCUUCUCUGCAUCACUUGCAAAGUGAAAGCGCACUCGACAGAAUUCCCUUUUGAUCCUCACGCACCCCACUUAAGCAAAUCAACUCCUUCCGACAUCGCCAUGGCACCUCCGCGAAAGAAACCCCGUACUCGUGCUGGUCCUAAGGACGACCCUGCCGAUGAGCAGUCUGCUGGCAUCCUCGCGGACUUUCGCACCUCCUGGCUUCUUAAGAAUGAUGAGCAGCUAGUCGAGCUCAAGGUGAAAGGCGAAACCUUUCAAGUCGCCAAGAACGUCCUGACCAAGAACUCGGAGUACUUCGAAAGCUGUCUCAACGGUCGCUUUGCCGAGGCCAAGAAGGGAGGCGUUGAAUUCAAUGACGAGGACAUCGAACCGCGAUACCUCGCUCUCUACAUUGGGGUCGCCUACAGUCACUCCUCUAUUGUCCUACAUGCGCAUCCCCGUCCUGCCCAGAGUCCCGAGGCAGCACCUAUCAAGACUCCUAUGCGAGACUAUGUCGAAGUCUACAAGCUUUGCGACCGCUUCAUCAGCCCCAGCAUGGGUGAAUUCAUUGCCCGCUGCAUCGACGUCGCCAUCGGCAAUGGGCACCGCGCCCUCUACCGUACCGAGGCCGACCAAGGAACGCAGAAACUACUCAUGCGCGACUUUGCCGACGGCUACGAGGCGCUUAACAUGCAGCACAGCUCCCAGGCUGAGCUUGGCGACCGGAUGAUCACCUACUUCUGCGAGGGGGUCAGCUACAAAGCUUGGAUUGAGACCAUGGAGGAGCUUCGCGAUCGUCCCAAGUUCAUUGGCCAUGUUUCUCGCGGCUUCGCGACCAAGCUUCAGGAGCUUCAGGUCGGCCGCAAACUCAAACGCAAGGAGUGGGCUGGACCUGGCGUUGCCUAGGAUGACAACGUUCGCGGUGGGAGAAGAAGACGAUGAGCUGCUUCGGGAGGAAAGGUAUGGUCAUUCGAGAAAAGUUCUGGUGACGAAGAAUACCCAAAUGUUGAUAUGAUGAUGAUGCCAAGGGUAAAGAUAUUUGGAACCAUUGCGAAGGAUGCAUGGAGAUGCAGCGUUACCAGUCGUUAGCAAGCAAGUGAAAUGAGACUUUUCAAGAACAUGUCAUGAUGACAUAUCCCGUAAAAGAAUUCAAUUGGCAUUGCCGUAGUUGCCUCUGCAGAGCUUCAUGUUCAGUGGUUCGGGGUAUUGAUAGUUGGUCGAGAUAUAUAUCUCAUGAUUGAACAACAUCG